AAUAGAGAAAAUGAGGAAUAACAUUACAAGAGAGGAAAUCGAAUUAUCUACUAAGAUUUUUUUAAACAUAACAGAUUAUGAAUAUAAAGUCUUUCUUGUUUCUUGACGAACGCGAUUCCGAGAAUUCAAAGUCGAGAUCUCUCGUUACCACUUACAUGAUGCCUAACGAGGUGGACUCUAAUUUUUUCAUUUUUUAAGAGACGUGGCUUAAACUCUGGCCAGUCCCUCCAAAAAUGUCCCUCUCUCUUCUUCGAAACACUGCAAAUCUCUCUUCACUUCCAUUCCCAGUUCGAUUCAUCUCCUUCACAGCAAUGCCAAAAGCACGAAAAAUUCCUCUAUUGCAAACCCCAGGAUCUGAAGAUGAUGGAGUUGCUCCUAAGAACAGAGUGAGAAAAAGGAGAGUGGAAAUGAUAGCUAAAGAGGUGAAGAUAGAAUCUCCAGAUAAAAAAUUUCUCAGGCAUCCAGAAAUUGAAGAUUUUGCAAGUGACAAUGUUUAUUCUGAGUCAAUACAACCUCCUGCCAACUGGGAAAGGAUCAUGGAAGGUAUACGCAGCAUGAGAUUAUCAGAACAUGCACCUGUGGACUCCAUUGACCCAGAUGAAGGGGUGACUUCUCUUCAACCUAAGGAAAGAAGAUUUGCUGUUCUGGUUGGUUCAUUGUUAUCAAGCCAGACCAAGGGUCAUGUUACUCAUGAAGCAAAUCAACGGCUGCUCGAAAAUGGUUUGCUCAGUGCUGACACAAUGGAUAGAGCUGAUGAAGCCACCAUAAAGAGCUUGAUAUACCCGGUUGGAUUUUACACAAGAAAGGCUCAGCACCUUAAACAAGUUGCAAAUAUUUGUGUGUCUAAAUAUGAUGGAGACAUUCCUAGUACAGUGGACGAGUUGCUUCUACUUCCAGGUGUUGGUCCCAAGAUAGCUCACCUGGUCAUGAUUAUGGCAUGGAACAAAGUUGAAGGGAUUUGUGUAGAUACCCACGUGCAUCGUGUUAGCAAUCGACUUGGUUGGGUCUCACGGCCUGGAACUAAACAGGGAACUAGAUCCCCCGAAGAGACAAGGGUCUCGUUGCAGCAGUGGCUUCCUAGAGAAGAAUGGGUUUCCAUUAAUUUACUUUUGGUAGGCUUUGGACAGACCAUAUGUACUCCUCUGAGACCUCGGUGUGCAAAAUGUACGAUAAGAGAGUUCUGCCCAUCGGCAUUUAAGGAGAUAUCAAGCCCAGCUUCCACUUCCAAAACACGACGCCCCAAGAGAGAACUGUGAUGACAAAGUUGUUUAGCUGCUAAUGUGAUCAAUUCAAGCUCUAUUUUUCUAAUACAAGUCAAUUUGAGCUCAAAGGAUAGGUGAUGAUACUAUUUUGUUAUAGUAUUCUUUUAGCAAGUUCAUUCAGUGCUACUGGUUGAUUUCUAAAGGACAAGUAGUGCAUAACACAAUUUGUACACUGCAAUUCCUCUUUUAUGAUGAUAAUGGGGCAAAUCAGUUUGGUCGACGCUUAAAUUUGUAUAGAAUUUAAUAAAUACGCACAUUCUGUUUUACAUGACAUCCUACAUAGUCAUUUUGUGUUCUA